UAAGCCACCAAUCAAGAUUCACAAACAUACAAAUCAACUAUGGUAGACAGCAACACCAAAAAUGUAUAUGAAACCAAAUGAGCUGCUAGUGCUAUUGUCCAAGCAACUUCCAUAAGAAAAAGUUCCAUUAAAAAAAGAAUUAACAGGAAUUUCAAUAUUGGUGGCAGAGGAAGCAACGCUGGUCGCGGUAGAAGACGCUCUACUGCUUCCGAAGGUUGAGCUCCAUCAGAAACAGAAAGGCAAUACCUUCAGAAGAUAAGGAGAACCCUUGUUACCGUUCGUCUUCGUCGCGGGAACAAGUGAAACCUCAAGAGAGGAAUUAGGGCUUUAUACGCUGCUUCGGUGACGCUCUCCUUGGAGUUGUUGGUUUCAGCUUAUGAUUGCAAAGAGUUCCAAACGAAGGAGUCUCCAAACUUCUCUGGCUCGUUGACAUCGUUGGAGACAAUUUGCAACUAGAACAGAGAGGUGAGGUGGCUGGAAAUCUUUUGUGAAAGAGAUUCAGUGCUGACAAUUUCUCACCAAGUUGUCACGGUAAAUUUUUAGAAGGUUAGAUUUAACAGUGUUUGUAUAGUUUUCUGGAGUAUUUGAGAAUACUCUAGAUGGUUCCGGAACAUUUUAGAAUGUUCUAGAAGGUCCCGAAAUACCCUAGAAGGUUCUAGAAGACUUUAGAAGAUCAUAGAAUAUUCUAGAAGAGUGUAGAUUGAUAUAAAAGUAUGAAGAGUUGUAUGGAACAAUCUAGAAGUAUUUAGAAAGUAGUGGUAGGAUAGAUAUUUAUAAAGAAGGUUCUAGAUGAUUAAUCUAGACCAUUGCUUAGAUUUAAUCCUAACCAUCCAUUGAGGAGGUGGAUGGCUAUAAAUAGGAGGUAAGAGUUAGUGUGGGUGUGUGUGAAUCAUUUGUAACCAACACUUAAGUAAUAAAGUGUUCUUUCCACCAAAGCUUUCUUUCUCUUGUGUUCUCUUGUGUUCUUAGCUUUCUUGCUAAGUAUUGAGGGUUAGGCUGACUUGGUCUUAGCUCAAGAGGUUGAGUAAGUCCGAGUGCCGGCACGGUAGCGUUGAAGUGUGUCCAAGGCCGUGACAAUUUGGUAUCAGAGCCAGGUUCGAGAGGGAGCACAAGUGGUUUGUGGGUAUGGCUUCAAAUAUCACCAUGGAGCAUGUUGAGUCACAAAGGGGAAGGGAUACUAUUCCUUCUCAAUGGGGAGGCAAGAAGGUACGUUCUUCAAGUGAGCCUAGAGGUAAGGACUCUAACUUCUUAGAAGAAAGAGUUUCUAUGUUGGAAAAUGUUAUAUCCUCUAUGGAUGAGCGGUUCCAAAGGAUAGAACAUGACAAGGAGACCCUUGAGGCUCACGUGUUAGGAGAACUAGAUGCUUUCAAAGAAAGCAUGCUCCAAAUCGAAGAGAAGCUUGAGAAUUCCUUGAAGCUAUUUGAGGAAGUUUGAGUUUGGUUCGAGGAGGCGAAAUCUCGACCAACCAUUAUAAGGGAGACGACAAAGAUUGAUCUCCCCAAGCCAAAGGAGUUCAAGGGCGUAAGGGACGCUCGCGAGGUGGAGAACUUCCUAUGGCAAAUGGAGAGGUACUUCGAAGGCCAAGGGGUGGUCGAAAAAGCAAUAAAGGUACGCACUGCAGCUCUCUACCUUUCUGAUAAUGCUACUUUGUGGUGGAGGAGAAAGUGCGUAGAUAUGGAGAAGGGUACUUGCAACAUAACCACAUGGGAAGAUUUCAAAAGGGAGUUGAAAAGACAAUUCUUCCCUGAAAAUGUGGUUUAUGAAGCAAGGAAGAAGUUGAGGGAGUUGAAGCACAAGAGUACAAUUAGUGACUACAUAAAGGAGUUCACUACUCUCACGCUUCAAAUCCCCAACUUAGCAUCAGAUGAUGCAUUGUUCUUCUUCAUUGAUGGACUCCAACCUUGGGCAAAGCAAGAACUACAAAGAAGGAAUGUUAAGGAUGUCGAUGAGGCCAUCGUGGUGGCCGAAUCACUCACUGAGUAUCAUAGGGGAGACUCUAAACCCAAGUCUUCCUCCAAGCCUAGUUCUGCUAAAGGUGGGGGAGACAAGGGGAAGAGUUUCUCAAUCAAGAAGGAAGGAAAAUACUCUUCAAAGAAAGAGUACGAGGAAAAGAAGAAGGCUUUCGUGCCCAAAGGAGGAUGCUUCGUGUGCAAGGGGCCACACCAAAUGAAGGACUGUCCCAAGCUAGGGACUCUGGCAUCUAUCGCCGAGGAACGAGAAGCUCAAACUCAAGUAACUAAGUGUGUUGGAUCCAUCCAACACAUAAAUGCUGUGAAGGGCAAAGAGGCAAGCAUCGCAGAAAAGAAAGGCUUGAUGUAUGUCAAAGCCUUUAUCAAUGAAAAACCCGUUAUGGCUAUGAUCGACACUGGUGCUACACACAACUUCAUCACGCCUGAUGAAGCAAAGAGGCUUAGGUUGAAGAUCACUGAAAAGAAUGGCUGGUUCAAACCCGUGAACACCAAGGGUGAACCCCUUAAGGGAGUAGCAAAAGGGGUUGAGAUGACUCUUGGUUCUUGGAAGGGCCUUGUAGAUUUCUCAGUAGCACACAUGGACGAUUUUAAAAUAGUCAUCGGGCUCGAUUUGCAAAGGAAGGCAAAUAUAAUACCUACGCCAUACUACGACGUAGUAUGUGUCAUGGAGAAAGGGUCUCCAUGCAUGGUCCCUACAGUAUCUAAAGUUGGAGGACCACCGAUACUCUCUGCUAUGCAACUCAAGAAAGGGUUCAAGAAGAGAGAGAUUACAUAUUUAGCUCUAUUACAAGAGGAGUCAACAUCUGAAAGAGAAGACGUUCCUCCCAAAAUCAAGGAAGUCCUUGAAGAAAAUAAGGAUGUGAUGCCUCCCGAGUUGCCAAAACAACUACCACCUAGGAGGAAGGUGGACCACAAGAUCGAAUUGGAGUCAGGAGCAAAGCCGCCCGCCUCAACACCUUAUAGGAUGGCACCGCCAGAACUUGAGGAGUUGAAGAAGCAACUCAAGGAUUUGCUAGAUGCUGGAUUCAUCCGUCCAUCAAAGGCACCUUAUGGCGCACCAGUCUUGUUCCAAAAGAAGCAUGAUGGUUCAUUGAGACUAUGCAUCGACUAUCGAGCACUUAACAAGGUAACCAUCAAGAACAAAUACCCUAUUCCUUUGAUAGCCGAUUUGUUUGAUCAACUUGGUAGAGCCAAGUGGUUCUCAAAGCUAGAUUUGAGGUCAGGAUAUCACCGAGUGAGAAUUGCUGAUGGUGAUGAGCCUAAGACCACGUGUGUCACGAGGUAUGGAUCGUAUGAGUGGUUGGUAAUGCCUUUUGGCUUGACCAAUGCUCCUGCGACCUUCUGUACCUUGAUGAACGAGAUCUUUCGACCUUACCUUGAUCGGAAAAGUGUUCCUUUGCAAGGGACGAAGUCCACUUCUUGGGACAUCAUUAAAGGUGGAACUCUCUGCAUGGAUCAAGGAAAGAAGAAUCACUCUUGGGAAUGGUCAAAGGAGUGUCAAAAGGCCUUUGAUGAGUUGAAGGCUGCUAUCACAGAAGGACCAGUACUAGCACUACCCAACUACCAAAGGUAUUUGAAGUCCACACUGAUGCUUCUGACUACGCUAUUGGGAGGAGUUCUGAUGCAAGAAGGACAUCCUAUUGCCUUUGAGAGUCGCAAGUUGAAUGAUACAGAGAGGCGAUACACUGUCCAAGAGAAGGAGAUGACCGCAGUGGUGCAUUGUCUGAGAACUUGGCGUCACUACUUGCUUGGUUCACACUUCAUCGUCAAGACAGACAAUGUGGCUACAAGCAAGACUAAUGUGGUAGCUGAUGCGCUGAGUCGCAAGGCUGAGUUGGGGCCAUUUCUAUGGCUGAAGGAGAUAUUGUGCAUACCAUCAAGGAAGGGUUGCAAUCACGAUCCACUAGCCAAGAAGUUGGUGGAGUUGGCUAGAGAAGUGAUCGAGAUCCACGCUUCACAGGACGACUAUGGACAGAGCUGUUCAAACUCCUUGGGUCAGCUUCAUUUCUCAACAAGCUUCCAUCCUCAAACCGAUGGGCAGACUGAGAGAGUGAAUGCCUUACUCGAGUGUUACUUGAGGCAUUUUGUAAGCGCUAAUCAGAAGGACUGGACAAAACUCCUCGACAUUGCUCAGUUCUCAUACAAUUUGCAAAGGAGCGAGUCCACAGGGAAGAGCCCGUUCGAGAUUGUGACUGGACAACAGCCGCUUACACCUCACUCUCUUUCUUCUUCCUACUCAGGGAAGAGCCCUGGAGCUUAUCAUAUGAUUAAGUCUUGGAAAGAACAAGCAGAUGUCACUCGUUCUUACCUCGACAAAGCUGCAAAGAGGAUGAAGAAAUGGGCAGAUAAGAAGAGGAGGCAUGCAAGCUAUCAAGUGGAAGACAAGGUAAUGAUCAAACUUCUUCCACAACAAUUCAAAGCCUUUCGCAAGGUUCAUAAAGGCUUAAUUCGUAAAUACGAAGGGCCAUUUGAGAUCAUUGGACGUGUUGGGGAAGUUGCUUACAAAGUACAACUUCCUCCCUCUAUGAAGAUCCACCCGGUCUUCCAUGUGAGUAUGCUUAAAUCAUAUCACGAAGACCAAGAUGAACUGAGUAGAGGUGAUUCGAGUCGUGCUCCGCCUGUGGUGAUUAGAUCCUUCGAUAAAGAAAUCGAAGAGAUCUUAGCUAAUCGUAUUGUGAGACGAAGAGGGGUACCACCAAGUAUUCAAUAUUUGAUCAAGUGGAAAGGGCUCCCGAUAACUGAAGCUAGUUGGGAAGCUCGUGAAGAUCUGUGA